AUGACAGUGCUAGAUGGGAUCCAAGCAAAUGCCCAUCCUAAUUCAUCCGACAACGAAUUUGGGAACUCUAGUGCCUUCUACUGGUCAGUGAGCCAUAACUUCAUAAAUGGAAUACCAGAACUCCUCUCGAACAUCACGCUUAGUAUUAUUGCUGCGAAUGCACCCACGUACAACACAACAUGCCACUCACCUACGGCGGAGAUCCUCUACGAGUACAACCCAGAGUUCCUCCUGCUUACCUACGGCCUUGGGCUGUUAGCAACCCUCUGCUGUCUUGCUGCAGGCCUAUACGCCCUCCAGCACAACGGAGUCGCAAUGGACAGUACUUUCAGCGAGAUAGCCGCGGCCACCCGAAACACAGCGCUUGGUCAAGUCCUCGCCGAUGAAGGCCACACGGUGGCUGCAAGGAAAUCAGCAAGAUACUUGGAGCAAAGAGUCAGGUAUGGAGAGCUUGUGAAAGAGUAUGGUGAUGGUGAAGAUACGUUGGGACCAUCGAAGGGCGAGAGAAGGGCAGCUUUUGGUUUGCUGGGGCAGGUCACUAGGUUGAAGAACGAUUCUUAA